AUGCAUUCACUAUUAUUAGCAAUUGUUUGCUUUAGUUCAACUAUCUUGCUUGUUUUUGCUUCAACUAAUCAUUCUACAAUAUUGAAGAGAGACAAACGAUUUCUUUCAUUUGAUUCUAAAGAUGGUAAAAUUGACAUUGACUUGGAAUUAUCUGUACCUUUUAUAUCAAUACCUUUGAAUUCAGAAGAUUCAGAGGAAGGACCAAAACCUCUAGCAAAUGUUAAUCUAAAAUCAAUUGCCGUCGCAGGACUUGUAGCUGCAAUUACAACAUUUGUUGUUCCAUUGCUUUUCAAAUCUCAUAACAUGGAACAUCGGUACCGCCGAGAUGAUGUUUUGGGAUUGCAAGAAGCUGGACAAGCAAUUAGUGAACUGUUAUUUGGAAACAAUCAUAUAACUCCAUGUCUUCAACAAUUUGUUUGUAUUGCGACUGCCAAAGCUAAAAAACUUCGAAAUCCAACGAGUAGUGAUAAAAUUAUUGACGGAUUAACAAACCUAGGGUGGUUUAAAAGUGCAACGAAUGGAACUGCUAUUGAAGAAGCUAUUAAGGUAGGUCGUCUACAACAUGCACCUUGCACAAUAGUAUUUAAAGGAUGCAAAAUACCUGAAGACGUAUUUCAAGCCUUAAUGGAUGAGCUUGGAAUUUAUUAA